CUGUCCCCGCCUCUCGUUUGGCUCUUGUCGGCCCCCUACAGCAGUCGCUAAAGCCCAAGGAAUAACUUGCUGCCAAGAUGCUGAGCCUUGUGAAGAAAGUGGCGACCGCUGCUGGUCGCCGUACGCCCGCGCAGUCGCGCCUGAUGAGCCACGGCCCAGCCCCUGCUGAGGGAAGCCUGGAGGCCAAGGUCCGCCACUACCUGCCGGAGGACUACCACAUUGUGCUGGCCACCCUGGGUGCCUACACGACGCUCAUUAUGCUGUUCAAGCUCAAGCCCUCGAAGAAGAAAGAGGAGGAGAUCGUGAUUCCGUCCAGUUCGAGCUCGACGUCGACUUCCAUCCCGUCGCUGUUCGAUGACGAGUUCGACGAGUGGUCGAAGCUGCCGGGCAACCUCGACAAGUGGGAGAAGAGCCUGGAGACCAUCGGCAACUAAGCUACUACUGCUGGAUUGACGCAGACGAUGGUUGGACUGAAAGGCGUUUGCCUCUCUUACUUAACAAGAAGAGGAUACGGGUUUGUCAGCUAAUCAAGCCAUGGGGAUCCAGAGAUGAUAAUGAAAAGGCCCUGGCUGAAACAGCCUGCGCAAAGUGAACUUGUGUCGUCGUUAAGCUUAGCUUCCCGUCUGUGUUGUGGUCUUCCAUCGGCGGAGUUUAUUACUGGGAGCGGAAAACAGGAGCUCUCAACACCUACACCGCGUGGCCUAAACAGGUACAAUCAAACUUUGAAGGCAAGCACGGUAUCAGGUCUCGUUGUGUCAAUUAAUGCAGAGUCGAGCGGGUUGAAUAUUUAGCUAGUUAAGAAAACCUUAGUGCAUGGCACGCAAGAGAACUCCGUAAAGUCAGUCUCCA